GAUUUGAAUCAAAAACAAACAACAAAGAAGCCGACAGAUCCUCCACCAUUACCAAAACGUUUGCCAAGUUUUUACCUUUCCUUGACUUCCACCUUCGAAAUCCUUUGUAUGGAAAAGUGUGGUAAUGGGAUGAUGAAUGUGUUUGAGAGUGGUUACGGUUGUGGAGAUCGGGAAAACUCAGAAUCAAAGGCGAAUGAGCAAAUGGGUGUCUCUGUAUCUUCUUCUUCUUCUUCUUCCUCCUGUAGAUUCUCUCAAUUAUGGCAAUGGGUCUUCACUUUAAGCCGGUGAGGUUGCGAGUAGACGGUCUUGUCUCAUUUGUACCAUUUACCCAUAUAACUACUUCAACCGCUUCAACGAAGAAUUUCCAAGUCUUCAUCCCGCUCUGUUCCCUCUCUCUGUUUUCAAACAUUUGACGAUACCAAUUUAGCCGAGUUUUGUUCGUCUUCUUUUCCAGAUUCUCCUCGUUUUCAUUGGAUUUUGUCGUUUGUUUGUGACUUCUAUGGAGUUGGAAAAUCCGGCUUCUCGGACUUCAAGUGAAGAGGGAAACAGAGGAGAACUGGAGAAUGAGAAAGGGGGAGAACUAGAUUUGAAUGAUACGAGAAAUGGGAAGAAGAAGAAGAAGAAGAAUGGAAAUCGUUCCGUAUCGUUUUAUCUACCGAAGAUCGGAUUCGGAUGUUUCAGAGUACAGCGUGAUGAGGAAGGGAAUAUUGAUAUGGAGGUCGUCAAUGGCUCUGGGGAGCGUCGGAAGCCCUCCCACCUUCUUAUAAUGGUUAACGGUCUUGUUGGCAGUGCUAAAGAUUGGAAAUAUGCAGCACAGGAGUUUUUGAAGACGUAUCCAGAAGAUAUUAUUGUUCAUUGUAGUAAACGUAAUUACUCAACAUUGACUCUUGAUGGUGUUGAUGUGAUGGGAGGAAGACUAGCGGAAGAGAUUUUGUUAGUUAUCAAGAGACAUCCAAAUCUUCGAAAGAUCUCCUUCUUAUGUCAUUCAUUAGGUGGACUGAUAGCAAGGUACGCCAUUGCAAAGCUUUAUGAGCUAAAAGAAGAUGUCCAAGUAAAUGGGGAGUAUAACAAACACGAGUUUAGAGAUGAAAGCUAUGAAGAUGAAUUUAGAGGGAAAAUUGCAGGGCUGGAACCAAUUAAUUUUAUAACUUGUGCGACCCCACAUCUUGGUUCAAGAGGGCAUAAACAGGUACCUAUGUGUUGUGGCUUUUAUGUCUUGGAAAAAGUAGCUGUUUGUACAUCAUAUUUCUUUGGUAGAACUGGGAGACAUUUAUUUUUAAUUGACAAGGACAGUGGAAACUGCCCUCUUCUUUUUCAUAUGGCUGGCGAUCGAGAGGAUCUCAAAUUUUUAUCUGCUUUGCAGUCGUUUAGGCACCGUGUUACCUAUGCGAAUGUGCGUUACGAUAACGUUGUUGGAUGGAGUACAUCUUCUAUUAGGCAUCGUUCUGAGUUGCCUAAGCUUAAAGGUUUAUCAGGAGAUAGCAAAUAUCCGUACAUUGUAAAUGUAGAGAUGGCAAAAAUUCAGAAUCCUCAAUUAUAUGUGCCAUCAGAGGCUGAAGUCAAUAGAUUCAAGAAAAGUGAUUUGGAAGAAGAAAUGAUCAAAGGUUUAUCGAGCGUUGGUUGGGAUCGGGUUGAUGUUGAUUUCCACAGAAGUAAACAAAGAAAUGAUGCCCACCUUACCAUUCAGGUUAAUAGGUACAGAGUCAAUUCUGAUGGGGCUUGUGUGAUCCAACAUAUGAUAGACAAUUUUCUCUUGUAGCAUGCGAUGAAUUGAAUUAUUGCCAAUUGAUUUCGAGUUAUCAAACAGCCUAAAAGGGAAAAACGCUUGGUCGAUCCUUCCGAAUAGCAUCCAUGAUUAAGACUACUGACCUGAACAUCAGCUACAGAAUUGUGUUGUUUAGCUCAAAAAGUAUUAUUGGGGAUAAUGAAGCAAAUUGACUCACGAGCAGAUAUCGUGCUGGCUGCUGUAUGUUCUGUGGAUUAAGAAAGCAAGUCGGCAAUAUUUGACCGAUACUUCCUACUAUUACAAGUGAAGGAGAUCAAUAUGUGUUAGAAAGCUUUUCAUGAGUUUGUGAUGUAAAAUACAGUAGCCGCAUUGAAUUAUUAGCUCAAAAGAAAAUUCCGCUCUUGAGUUGGCAAUUGCCUCAACGAAGAUUCAUAUCCCCCAUAGAAUUGAUUAAAAAAAAAAAAAGAAAGUCCUACUUCUUCUUGUACUUGAGAAGCAUGUGGGAAUAUAUAGUGAGAAGAACAGUACCAGCGGCAAGUGUUACAAAAUGAAUUUUGCUUUUAUGGAGUUGGUGUUUUUGACUCAA